AUGGCAGGAAUACCUCAUCCAUAUUUUGACUGGAAUGAUAGUAUCCCAGACUUUUUUGCGCAACUUAGACCAGACUUGCAGAAUCAGGGAAUAGAUCCAAAUGAUAAUGUAACAGGUCCUCUAACAGGAAGAGAUAAUGGCAGGCCAACUUAG